CUAAAAUCAUAAGCUGGUAAUUUUGAGAGGCUCCUUUAAAUCUGAACGUUACUAUUCGGGGCUACUUCCGUGAGGACGUUCUUCAAUGAGUUUUCUUUUUGGAGCCAGGAAAACACCUGAAGAGCAGCUAAGAGAUAGCAAACGAACUAUUGCAAGAACACUUAGAGAGAUAGAAAGAGAAAAAGGUCAGUUGGAGAGGGAACGCACUCGAAUAACAAAUGAAAUUCGUUCGUUGGCAAAGCGUGGUCAGAUUGAUGCCGUCAGGGUGAUGGCGAAGCAGUUGGUUCGAACAGAGAGUUACAUCAAAAAGUUUUCCUUGAUGCACUCAAAUAUUACAGCGUUGUCAAUGAAAAUUCAGACCUUAAAAUCAACCGCCACGAUGGCUUCAGCUAUGAAACAGGUUGCGCUAACGAUGAGAAAAAUGAAUGCAACUAUGCAGUUACCUCAGUUCCAAAAGGUCAUGAUGGAGUUCGAAAAACAAGCGGAAACGAUGGAAAUGAAACAGGAUAUGAUGUCGGAUGUGAUAGAUGAUGCUAUUGGAGAGCAGGAUGAUAUUGAAGACUCUGAAACUGUUGUGAACAAGGUUUUAGAAGAGCUGGGCAUCGAUCUUAAUGCACAGUUGAAUAAUCUCCCAACAGCUAAGGAUACGAUUGGAAGUACAAUGCCUAAUGCAGUCCGACCUCAUGCAGUCGCUACUGAUGCUACCCCAAUAACGGGACCUGGGCCUAAUUCUGAUUCCAUUGAUCCUAUUGAUGAAAAUAACUUGGAAGCUCGUUUAGAACGACUCAAAAGAAAGUAAAAUCUUAAUUCACUUAUGGGUGCACGUCAGUUUUCAGUUCUAACAUAUAUAUAUAUAAGCAUAUAUCACAAUCCAGCAUAAUAAUGCUUUAAACUUAAGUAUCAUAUAGAUAAUAUUUUUGGACUUUUUAUUUCUUCAUACUACCAAACAAUUGCAAAUAAUUUUUAGAAAAAAAACUGUUUGGUGCUCUAUGAUGCAAAUCUCUACAGUUUACAAUUUAAAAGUAUUCUUAAUAAAAGAUUUUUGUUACU